AUGCACUCGGAGCUGUUGGCGCCUGUCUUGCCAGGAUGGUCUUACUGUCACAGAGAAGCGUGCUUCCAUCACAGUUUUGCUGCACUGUCAGGACUGGAAAGGGAGCUCCAGACCUGCGCCUUCUCCUGCCCAGCAGAAGGCGUAAUGUUCGUCUCCUGCCUAAGUGGAGCACGGGAAACUCUUGAAAUGACGAAGCCAGAUUAUUGGUUGAGUGCUGACCUCGACAUAGCUGCGAACGCGGUGCACAAUUGCUUCACUGACCAUUUGCAAACACGUUCACUGGAGCACUCCGGACUCCUGACGACCAAGCCUGUUUCCUGUCAGAACAAGGAGGGCUACCGAUGGCGAGCAAAGAGCAUCGUGUGGUGGAUCUGGAGUUACACGCCGAUGCAGGGCGUCUUGCGUCCCUUUGCUUCCCUCCAUGUUGGGAGAGUCAUCCUUCGUCAAUGGAGGAACGCCGUUUCAAUGGACGGAGUGAUGGUCGAUGAAGCGUUUUGCCAGGUUGCUGCCGUUGGGGCAGAGCUGCAUUGGCCAGGCCAGGCAGCUGUUGUGACCACUUCUCUUCUGUUGUUUGCUUUUGAUUUGCAUCCAGUCCGAUGCGGCUUGGCUCCCAAGCCUGGAGACCCGCCCUCGGAGUCACGACAAGACAAAGGGGAGGGGUUCAGUCGAGCACCGCAGGCCAGACCGAUGCGAGACGGAGAGUAUGCUGUCGGCAUUGCGAUCUUUGAAGGCAAGACUCUGCGAGCACAGCUCUCGAUGCGGGAUGCCGUGCAGUCGGACUCGGAUGCGGUAGGAAACACCCAGCAUGGUGACAGUGCUUACAGCGUCCUUCGACAUGCAGUUGCAGCCGAGUGGCAACUCUCUGUGGCUGUUAGCAUGCUGAGUCCCUUGAUCAUGCAGCCUGAAUCAGCCUGUAUUCUGAGCGACUGCGGUCGAAAUGCGAGUGCCAAGAUAUGUCGGAAAAUGUGGGACACGGUUUUUGAAAGCGCCUUCGUGCUGUCCGCUUCGUCGCAAGCACAUGCAGAAGUACAGAUCCUGCCUACAGGGGCCAAGUUGUCAAGCCGCAGCGGAGACGGCCACACAUCACAUGCACAAUCCCAGAGCACGCGCGUUGUGGGAGGACCCGGAGCCCGUGGCAGCAUUCUCCAACACAGCUUAGUGGAAUGGAAGACUUUGGAGAAGCUCGGACUCGAGUACGGCCCGAGCUUCCGUGCAAUCUCCUCUUGGUCUUCGAGCGGUGACGGUUCGCAUGUGUUGGGGCGGUUGUCCUUAAACCUGGAGACUUGGGACAGCUCCCUGGAGUUCCACCCUGGCAUCUUGGAUGGUGCUAUCCAACUGCUACUCUUAGCUUGUUCGAGCUCAGACUCCCAACAAUGCUUUCUGCCUUUCAGCAUUGACAACUGCGUCAUAGCGGCGACCUUGCCUUCUCGGGAUGUUUGCGUGACCGUGUUAGUUCGGACUGUCUCUGCUGAAGCAGUGUCUGGUGAUGUGGAGAUUUCCACGGACGAUGGUGUGCUCAUUGCACGGCUAAGCCGCCUGAGCUGCAGAGCGCGUGACCGGCGGCCUGAGCUCACAGAGUCCAAGCAGCAGCCGCCGCAGCAGCCGCCGCAGCUUGAGCAGAUGUAUAGCGUUGCCUUCGUGGAGAUGGAAAGCAGUCGUCCUGACCUUCCCAAGAUGGAGAUUGCAGAAAUGGCGAGUGACGCAGUCGUCUGGUGCUCCGAGGAGCGACAGGGAGAGCUCCUGGCCGCAUUGUCUUGGAAGGCAGAAAGCUGUUCCUUUGCUCGGGACGAGACCACAGCGCUCUCCUUGCUCGGCUCCGGAAAGUUUGGCUACGUCGCCUUCCUCGCAGAAGGUGAUCAACUGGAAGCACUCUACAACGCUCUGCAAGUGCUGCAGAUGUCAUCGAAGUUGAACACCAGCGUCGUGUUGGCUGCUCAAGCGGUUGCAGAAGAGGUCCUUCUCUCCGCGUUGGCCGCUGCAGCUCCGGCACAGCUGUCUCUUCGAAACCGUGGCAGCUUCUCUUCCCUGGUUCCCGAGCCACAGCAGUCCAAGUCGGGCUUCCGUGUAGCAGCAGUGGGCUUGAACUUCAGAGAUGUAUUGAACGUUCUGGACUUGUAUCCUGGCGACCCAGGCGAACCUGGUCUCGACUGCAGCGGCAUUGUCUUGGAUGGCCCUCACGCUGCGCACGCUGCCUUGCCUGGAACAAGGCUUUUCGGUAUCUCCUUUGGCUGCUUGCGAACCUUUGCGACCAUCAAGGACCGGAGCAUACCGGAGCUAAUUUGGGGUGCACCCUUGUUUGCUUUUCGGCACAGCCUGUCUGUGCAGGAGCCGAGACUGCUUGUUGAGCGUCCGGCAAGUUGGUCCCAUGUGGAAGCUGCCGCUCUGCCAACCGUCUUUACGACAGUUGACAUGGCUCUUUGUGAGCUCGCCGGCCUCAAGGCUGGACAGCGCGUUCUCAUCCAUGCUGGGGCAGGCGGUGUUGGACUUACAGCAGUGCAAUAUGCGUUACGGCUUGGUGCCCUGGUUUAUGCGACAGCCGGGAAGGAGGACAAGCAGAGCCUGCUUCGCCAAAUGGGUGUGACAUGUGUCGCAAGUUCGAGGGACGGCAGCAAGUUCGAGGAAGAACUGGCCAAUGCGCUCGCAAAGGAAAAUUCUGCAAAGAUCGAUGUUGUCCUUAACAGUCUCAGAACCUUGGGCAAGUUCAUUCAGCUGCUUUAA